AUGAAUUCAAAAGUCCGCGUACUUAAGAGAGGUCGGAAAGAAACUCGCCAAACUUACAAAGGCUAUUUUUCAGAUGAAGCAGGUAUAUUUUUUAUUGUCAAACUCUUUCCAUUGUUACCUGAUGUUGCCAAGGAUGAUUACAUUGGUAUGUUUCUUUGGCAAGGUGAUUCAUUGCGGUUCCAUAAUUAUGAAAUAAUAGAAAUAAUAGCUUUAAUGAAUGAUAAAAGUGAAUAUAAAACAGAUUCAAGUAGUACACUAUUGGAUAACAGUAUUGAUGAACCAAAAGAGAUGGUAAAG